AUGAGCCGCAAUAUCAGCACCGCUGAUCUUCUUAGCGACCUCCAAAAACUUGAUGAGGCAGGUCAAGACCGCUACUUGCAAGUCUUGAGUCCCGAGUACAAAGAAGAUAUCAUCAGAGCUUUACUGCGUCAGAAUGCAACGUCUUCUAAUACCGUCAAGACUGAGGAGCAUAAUCAACAAGGUCGAGGAGUCAAUCCACAAGAACCUAUCGUUAUCUCUGAUUCAGAAGACGAUGCGAACGACGUGGGCGUGGGCGGCAUCGACGGCGUGGGCUGCAUGGACAAUAAAGAUAACGUGGACGAUGCGGACGAUGCGGACGACGCGGACGACAUGGACGACAUGGACGACAAAGACGAGGCAGACAGGAUUCACAACAACUGGCUAGAUGGACUUGACUUGCUCGAUUCCUUAGCAGAUACAGACACCAAGGCGGCGAGGGAUCUUCCCAUGUGCCUUCGUAUAAUCAGCCGGGAACAAAAUUCGGCAUUUACGGACAUCGAACAACUUCCUGCCCAUGUUCGCACUGAGCUCCUACACCGUUUCAAUGAAAUGGUUUUGGAAUCUGAGUCAAGGACAGCUCGAUAUGCGGCUUGCACGAAUGACCCCGAAGCGGCUGCUUUAAAAAAGUACUGCAUUCGCAAGUUGGUUGUAUGA